AUGGAAAAAUAUAAAAUAGUUAAGCAACUUGGUGAUGGUACAUAUGGAAGUGUAUUACUUGGUCAAGUUAAAGAUUCCCCACAAGAAAAAGUUGCUAUAAAACGAAUGAAAAAGAAAUAUUAUUCAUGGCAAGAAUGCAUGGACUUGCGAGAAGUUAAAGCUUUGCAAAAAAUUCGUAAUCCGAAUAUUAUUAAAUUAAAAGAAGUUAUUCGAGAAGACAAUAAUUUAUAUAUGGUUUUUGAAUACAUGAAUGAAAAUCUUUAUGAAUUAAUGAAAAAGCGAGAUCGACUAUUUCCUGAAACCAAUGUUCGUAAUGUUAUUUUUCAGCUUCUUCAAGGAUUAGCUUACAUGCAUAAACUAGGAUUUUUUCAUCGUGAUUUGAAACCUGAAAAUAUCUUGUGCAAAGGUGUUGAAUUAAUUAAAAUAGCUGAUUUUGGUCUAGCUCGUGAGCUUCGCUCAAGACCACCUUAUACUGAUUAUGUAUCUACCAGAUGGUAUCGUGCUCCCGAGGUAUUACUGCGUUCUACAUCAUACACAUCUCCUAUUGAUAUAUGGGCAGUUGGUUGCAUCGCUGCUGAAUUAUAUACAUUAAGACCAUUAUUUCCUGGCAGUAGUGAAAUAGAUCAAAUGUUUAAAAUUUGUGCUGUUAUGGGAACACCAAAUAGAGAUGAAUGGCCUGAAGGUUAUAUGUUAGCAGCGAAACUAUCAUUUCGUUGGCCACAAUGUGCCAAAACAGAUUUGAAAAAAAUUAUUCAUAGUUCCAAUAAUGAUGGAAUAGAUCUUAUCGGAGCAACGCUUUUUUGGGAGCCCAAACGACGACCAACUGCUGUACAAUGCUUAAAACAUUCAUACUUUAAAGUAAGUCAAGAUUUUAUGGGAACAUCAAGUUCAAAUGUCUCGGCCAUCAAUGAACCAACAUCAGCUCAAUCACGAGAAUCCAAACAAAUUUUUAGAGAUGACUGGCAAACUGAUGGAGACAAAACUCCCGGUAGUCCAGAUGAUAUGCAUGAUUUAGAUAAAUUACUUAAAGAAUUUGAACCAUCAAGUAAAUCAAAUGUCAAGGAAAAUGCUAAUUCUCAACCACAAAAAUUCAAUAAACCAAAUAGUGGAUUUCCAUUUGAUAAUCCUCAACAACAAAGUAAAUUACCUGCACCGCCAUUACCAAAAUUUGACAUAAAACCAUCGGACAAUCGAAAAGGAAAUAAUUCUCUAUUUCCAAGCCAAAGUAAUUACCCUGAAAAUCGUUCAUCAAAUUUAAAGCAACCAUCUAAAGCAGCCGUUGAUCAAUCAUUCGAUUUUGAUGCUAUACUAAAAGGACACUCAAUGCAACCUCAACAACCGUCGAAGUUUAUGCCUCCAUUGCCACCGAUGAAAGAUUUCUCUGCAUCACCAAGAAGAGAGAGUUUGUCAGAUUGGUUAAAUGAUGAUGUUUUAACAAAAAAAACAAACCCAUCAAAAAUGCCGACCAAUGUAAUAAGUAAACCACCAAUGCGUCUAAAUCCAGAUGAAUUUUUUUCAAAUACAAAUAAUAAUAAUCGAGAUCAAAACGAAACUAAACCACCAUUUUCAACAUCGAAACCGUCUGCUAAGCAAUAUUAUUUGGGAAAUUCAAGGUAUAAACCAGGUAUUAAUCCACGACAAACAGUGCGUCGAGAUAGUACGAAUUGGCUUUCAGAAGUUUCGAACAAUAGUAAUUCAGCCAAUCGCGGUCCGAAAUUGACUUCAUACAUGCCAACAUUUGGCGAUCAAAGAAAACCUCCAGUACAACAAGCUCCACCACUAUUUGGUGAUUGGCAUCGCUAUGGUCAAUGA